AUGUCCUCAGCCCAACGCACGGCCCAACCCCUGUCAGAGGCCGCUUUAACUAUGGAUCCUUUGAGCAUCACCACCGGUGUUUUCGCCCUCCUACAUGCUUCCCGCAAAGUCAUUGAUCUCAUUUCAACGAUAGCCAACGCAUCAGCUGAAAUACGUUGUCUUGUGGUUGAGAUCACUACCACUCGUGCUCUCCUCUCGAGCAUCGUUGAUAUUGCCGGCGUAGAUGAAACAUGGAACAAGAGUUUACGAGAACUGAUGACUAAUGAUGGUCCUAUGCGAAUGCUAGACUCGCUUUUGUCAAAGCUGGAGCACCGUUUGGGCCAGGAAGUGAGAACUAAAGGUGAGCCAGGGCAGCUGAGGAAGAAGUUAACCUGGCCAUGGCGAGCCGAUGACACGCGGGAAAUGAUAAAAGUCGCAAGGGAGGCUAGAGGGUUGCUUGCUGGGGCUCUGGCCGUGGAUCAUUUGGCCAUCUCAAAAGAAAUCCGACAAGACACCAAGCAGAUCCAUGAAGUCUCUCAAAAAGCAUUACUGAGGCAGGAUGUGAGCGAUCAACGGAUGGCGCUUGAAUGGCUGUCAACCGUCGAUGCUGCCGAGUGCCACCAUUCUGCCCGCGCCAAGCACGAGCAGGGGACUGGUGAAUGGCUGCUCGAGUCAGAAGACUUUGGUCUUUGGUUGACUGGUACGAGGGAGAUAAUGUGGGUGUAUGGAAUCCCAGGCGCAGGCAAAACGGUACACUGUUCAACAAUCAUUGAGCAUGUACAAAAGAUCUGCAAAAAUGACGACCAAUCAGCCUCUCUUUGCAUCUAUUAUUACUUUGACUUCAAAGAUCGGAAACGGCAAACCUUUGAUGGCUUUAUCAGAUCGGCCAUUGCUCAAAUAUGCCAACAAAGCACGGUGUUUCCCCGAGAGGUGAUGAAUCUGUACGAGGACAAAAGUAAAAAGGGCCAGGACCCGAGCCAAGCGACUCUUGUUGAGACACUCCUGAUGCUUUUGAAGCAACCUGGAAAGACAUAUAUUAUCCUUGACGCUCUGGACGAAUGCCUAGCACAAAAUGAGAUAUUCGACCUAAUUCUGAGGAUCAAGGAGGGCACCGCAUGGUUAGCAAAUAUUCUGGUUACUAGUCGCAUGGAACGGCAGAUCGAGACCGGGCUGCAGGAUAUGGUUACUAGGUCGAUUCCUCUUCGUGGGCCAAAAGUAGACGAGGAUAUUCAGACGUUGGUCCGCCACGUGCUCAAAUCAGAUCCCGUGUUGAGGAAGCGCCCAAUCCAGAUGAAGAAAGAAAUGGAAAUCGCCAUUAUGAAUGGAGCCAGUGGAAUGUAUGUCCUAGAGACCUUGUGUGAACCGUUACCAUGUCCUAUCAUUGACCACGACGAAGAGUCCCGCUCUAUCGCUUUCACAGCGUUGCAGUUUCUAACAAUCUCGUCGCGUCCUGUCAACUUGGAUGAGCUAUCUGAAAUGGUGGCUAUCAAGCCUGGAAUUAGUGUUCUCGUCGAAAUCGAUCGACUCUUUGAUCCUGCAGAUAUCUUGACUGUAUGCUCCAGUCUUGUUACCACCUCUAGGACAUAUUCGGUUCAAUUGUCACACUACUCUGUUCGGGAAUGUUUGACAUCGGAGCGAAUCUGCAAAGGCCCAGCCAGUCGGUUUGCCAUAAAAGAGUCCGAAGCACACCUAGCAAUCGCACAGCGUUGCUUGACAUACCUGCUGUCAUUUGAUCAGUCAGCACUAUCCGACUACUUUCACAAGGCGUUGGAUGACCCCUUUGAAACAAGCUAUCCUCUGAUAGCGUACUCCGCAUCCGAAUGGCAUGCUCAUGUACGGCUUCUCCCUUCAGAAUACCAGGCUCAAAUUGAACCGAUGAUUCUGCGUCUCCUGGACCAAGACAACCUCGCUUUUCACCAUUGGCUAUCUAUCUAUCGCCGAGGUGAAGAUGAAUACAGUCCUGGAAGUCCAUUGUAUUAUGCCGCGGAGUUGGGUUUAUCAUCCAUGGUUCGCACAAUUCUCGCGUCAGGUGUUGAUGUUAACACUAUCGGCGGCAUGUAUGGAUCACCACUUGCAGGUGCCACCCUAGAGGGGCAUAUAGAGGUUGUUCACAUAUUGUUAGAGCAUGGCGCAGAUGUCAAUAUUCAGGGUGGCCUCUAUCACACACCUCUACAGGCUGCUUGUGUGCAACAAAGUCUUGAUGUGCUCAAUCUGUUGCUUCUUCACGGCGCAGAUGUUGAUAUCGCUGGGGGAUAUUAUGGGUGUGCUCUCCAAGCAGCUGCUGCGAGAGGGUGGCCAGAAGCCGCCUUUCAUCUCAUCAAAUUAGGCGCAGAUGUCAAUCUAAUAGCAGGACAAUUUGGUACAUGCUUACAGGCUGCAUCGCGAUAUUGCCAUGAAGAACUUGUUAUAGAGCUUUUGGAACAAGGUGCGGACCCGAAUGCUGUUGGUGGUUAUUACAACACUGCCCUACAGGCAGCUGCGCGAGGUGGACAUACUGAAAUCAUUCACAUGUUGUUGGAACAUGGGGCGGAUGUGCGUAUGGAGGGCGGAUUCUGCGGCAAUGCUCUACGUGCUGCUCGAUCUAACCGAAAUUACGCUGCCCUUAGGAUCCUUGAAGCCCAAGUCCUCUUGGAUGUUGCAGACGAGUCUUUGCCACUAAGACUCAAUAAACUGCCCGAAGAAGCUGGAGGGGAUUGCCAAGAGCCUCCUCUUUAG